UAGAGAAAGUAGCUCAGUCUGCUGCUGGUGAGUCACACAGAUGCUAUUGAGGCAGCCCAGACACUUGGCUGUGAAUGAGAAGGCGCAAGCACAUCAUCACUGACUGAACCUGCUGGCUCCAAUGCUCAUGCACCAUGAAGAAUGAACUAAUUCUCUAAAUAUUUGCUUUUCUUAGAGAUUGUGGCUACCCUCGAUCCCUGAUCCCAAUGAUACCAUUUAUUGCAAGACUCCUGAGCAGCAGCAAGCAUUCAGCUUUCUUCUGCAGUGUUCACUUGUAGCAGUUUUGCAUUUUGCUGUUUCCUGCACAAACUUUCAAGGAGCUUUUCAAGGCAAUGUUCGGACUUCUUUUUCUUUGAAGCAGGGGCAGGAACAUAUGUUGCCUCUGGGAUGUCAGAUCACUUCAUGCAGUGGGAUGUGGACAACUGGCAUUGGCAUUGCAGUCUGCAUCCACUUUCCUAGAUCGGUGCAAUCGCGGAAGCUGCUGCAGCUGCUGGAGGACUGAGACUACAUUGCGCCCACAAGUGAAUUUACUUCUCCCCAUUGGAAAGAGCUUGGGGACGGAACCUGCCCUCUGCUGGCUUGACCGUCGCAAUGGAAGGUCCCUUACCUUUCAACAUCAGCUCCCCAGGACAUGGGAACACGACUCAAGCCUCCAGAGACAACUUUACAUUCUCUUUGUACUACCAGCACUCCACAUCCAUUGCCGCCAUGUUUAUCCUGGCGUACACUUUCAUUUUUCUCAUGUGCAUGAUUGGAAAUAUGUUGGUGUGUUUCAUUGUCUUAAAGAACAGACAGAUGAGAACUGUGACAAACAUGUUCAUUCUGAACCUGGCAAUCAGCGACUUGCUGGUGGGAAUAUUCUGUAUGCCAACUACUUUAGUGGACAACCUCAUUACAGGGUGGCCUUUUGACAACAUCAUGUGCAAAAUGAGUGGUCUGGUACAAGGCAUGUCCGUAUCUGCUUCAGUUUUCACCCUUGUGGCUAUUGCAGUGGAGAGGUUCCGCUGUAUUGUAUAUCCCUUCAGACAGAAGCUCACCCUAAGGAAAGCUAUAAUCACCAUCAUCAUCAUUUGGGUUCUUGCUCUGAUUAUUAUGUGCCCCUCAGCUGUUACACUAACUGUAACAAAAGAUGACUUUCACUUUAUGGUGGAUGACUACAACAAUUACUAUCCUCUAUAUUCAUGUUGGGAGGAGUGGCCCGAUACGGAAAUGAGGAAGAUAUACACCACUGUUCUUUUUUCCCACAUCUACCUUGCACCUCUCACGCUAAUUGUUAUCAUGUAUGCCCGCAUUGCCUUCAAGCUGUUCAAGUCGUCUGCUCCCAUUAGAGGAUCAGUGUCAGAAGAGAAUGAAGGGCGGAGGGUUUCCAAGAGGAAAGUCAGAGUGAUCUACAUGCUUAUUAUUGUAGCGCUAUUCUUUUCACUAUCUUGGCUGCCACUUUGGACAUUAAUGCUCCUCACUGACUACGGCCAUCUCAGUGAUUAUCAGCUCAAUUUGAUUGCUGUUUAUGUGUUUCCCUUUGCUCAUUGGUUAGCCUUUUUCAAUAGUAGUGUCAAUCCAAUUAUUUAUGGAUAUUUCAAUGAAAACUUCCGCAGAGGUUUUCAGGAAGCUUUUAAAGUCCAGGUCUGCUCCAUGAAAAGAGAGCACAGAGAAACGUAUUCAGAGAGGAAGAACAGUGGGUUCCUUUUUGGCGUUCGCAACAGGAUUUUUGUUGAAGUACAGCCAAGUGACUCUGGCCAAGGAUCAGAUUCCUGCAACAGUACUGCAAAGGGUGGGAUGUUCUCUUUGAGGAGCGGGAGGAUUGCUCACCAUGGCCUUGUAGUUGAAGAUGUAGACAAUAAAAGCUCUAAUAAUACUGUCAGUGUCCCAGCAUGGGAAAUCUAGAGUAAAUGUGCCCUUGAAUUUUGUCACUGAAUGAAAAGUGGAAACAUGUAGCAAAGGAUACUACAUUAGUUCUUAUUUUACUAUGUGUAGUCUAAAAAGACUCCUCAUCCACUCUGCGCAGAUUGUCCACUUAGCACCUACUUGUUCCCUGGAUAUCAAGCUUCAAAAAUAUGAAAUUCAUACUGUCUGUGACAUUAAAUUAUUAGCAGAGAACAACACUUUUAAAACUAGGAAUAAACAUUUUUGUGAAUUGAAAAGUCACUAUUUUCUCUACAUAUAUGCGAAGGCAUUGAUAAGGUGGACAGUUACUUAACGAAUUUCAACUGCCUAUUUCACAUUUAUUUUUUAUAAAGGAUGAGGAAUAAAAAUGCAUAUUUUAGAGAGGAUAAUCAACAGUACAUAAAGGGACAGGAUGCAUCAUUUAUAUUUAAUGGCUAUUAUAUUUAUAAAGAGGACAUGAAUGGUCAAUAUACAAUGAUAUUCAUUUUUUUUUACUGCAGUAAAAUAUUUUCAUUAUUUUUCAGAAUUCCUCAAAUGAUUAAAAAAGCUAUUUACAGUAUCCAAAAAAACUGCCAACAGUCUUGGGGAACCAAAGUCAAAGUCAAGAAUAAUCACACGCAAUGGACAUACAGUAGAAGUUCUCUUGCAUCACAUUGUAUAGUGAUUUUAAAAGUGCUAUGUCAGUAUAUGAAAAUGUUAGUACUGCAUUAAUACAGCUUUGCUGUUUUCAGAAAAGGAUUCUGCUGUUGAUUUGUCCAGUGCAUGAAUCUACAGGAAUAGCUUCAGGCACUGUAGAGAUAAAAAAAAAAUAUAACAAGAAACAACUGGGAUUUGUUGUCUGCUUACCAAAUUAUUUGAAAGUGUCAAUGAAUGAUUUAUUUUUCAGUUAUUGACUAUUUAAAACUCCAGAGACAUCACUCACUAAAUGCUUAGAGCAUUGCUAAGAGCAUUUUUCUAUGUAUGUAGUCUAGGAAGUGUGGGGGUGAGAUCUUGUGCCGAUUUGCAAUACCCUCAUUUUCGUUAAGAAAACAGCAUCUUUUUUUACAUGAAUCAGCAGAAAUUAUCAGCUAAUUUCCCAGUUAUAUUUUAUAUUUCACUGUUGCAGUGCACCCAAACUUUAGUUACACCUAUUUUCACAGAUUGUAUUUUUCUUUUCUUCAAAAGGAAAUUGCAUAACUAUGCGAAAAAAAUAAUUGUUCAUGAAACAGGUAUAUAACAAAUCCAGUACAGUUUACUAUAUUUUUAUAGUGAUGGCUUCCCUUUCAGGAUAUGUCAGUAUAGACAUAUUGCCCUCUAUUCAGGCUGUAUGCAUUCUUGCUUGCCCAAAUACAUGGCCGCUGGCGGCUGUUACCUGUAAAGGUUAAGGUGGCAUUGCCACAGCUUAAGUGGGUACCAGCAGGGUCAGACUGUGCCCCCCCCUAACCCUCUGCAGGGGCACCCGCCUGAUGUCCUCUCCUGAGCAUGCAUAAGUGAACUGCAUCAGGGUAGGACAUCGGCCGCCAGGGGAAACGGCAACAGGGAUCAGGUCUGGGCUGCUGGGACCCACCAGGUUUUUUUCCCCGUGUCCCUGUGGCCCUGUCCGACCCUGGGUACCAGCACCAGAUACUAAAAUAACAACAGGUUGUCUCUACCUGAUGCAGGCACCCAUCCCCAUGCUAUGGCAGGCCUUUACUAUUUUAGGGUGUAUGUCUUUGUUUAUCACUUGGUGGUUACAUGUUAAUAUGAAAUAGGGCCUGUGUAUGUUAUAUUCAUAAAAUCCAACAUUUGACAAUAACUGUCAGUUAUAACUAAGGUUUAAAUACUGGCACAUGCCUUGCAUUUGUCUGCUGUACCAUUUAUAUGUAAAAAAAAUGUGUUGAAUUAUUGUGGUAUGGCAAGUAAAUGGAAGGUAAAUGAUACCCAUUAAUAGAGUAUAUUUUUCUCUAAAUAUUGUUGCUACUUGUUAUUGUUACUGAUCACUUGAACUAACUGCAUGUAAGUAACAAACAAAGCGUUACUAUCUAGUUGUCAAUGCAAAUGUUAAUACGACAGUAUACCUAAAAUAUGUGACUUCAAUUGAUGUUUCUUAGCUGUUUAAUUUAUCAUAUGUCUCUUUUUAUAACCAGUAAAACAAACUGUGUAUUGGC